AUGUCGGAUGAGGCACUGACCAACAAGGAGCGCCGUCUAGCGCGCAAAGCUGAAAAGCAGAAGCAGAGAGCAGGACAGGCAGGUGAAACAAAUGCCCCGAAAGAGGAGACCCGCUUGACGAAGCGGCCUGUGGAUGAUGCAGAGAUACUGGGUGACCCAGUGGAUGAGCCACACGACUUGAGCGAGGAGCCUCUGUCCCACAAGGAGAAGCGUAAGCGCCGCAAAAUGGAGAAGCAGGUUAAUUUACAAGAGGAUGAGAAAGAAUCACGACCCCAGCGCCUGCAGCGGAGUGCCUUUUGUGUCUGGAUUGGCAACCUGCCCUUCUCCACGACGGUCGACGAGCUGUCGGAGUGGCUCGCUGAGAAUGAGGUGGAAGGCGUAAGCCGUGUUCACAUGACUCCGGGAGCACGUCGCGCCGAGAACAACAAAGGAUUCGCAUACGUGGAUCUUCCCUCAGAGGCUGAGGUCGAUAAGUGUGUGGCGCUCUCGGAGACGAUGCUUCAUGGCCGACGCUUGCUUAUAAAAAAUGGCAACGACUUUCGCGGGCGUCCUGGACUGGAUCCCUCAGCAGCAGAGCUUGGUGGAAGUCCUGCUGGCGGUCGCACAGGUCUUACCAAGACGGCGCAGCGGAUUUUGCGGGCGCAAAAGAACCCGCCUGCACCCACACUUUUUAUGGGGAACCUGAGCUUUGAGACAUCUGAGGAUGAUAUCCGCGAGCUGCUCGAGAGUUCGGUGCGGCGCCGUCACAUGGAGGGCGUAGAAACCGACGAUGCCUCCAUGGCGCCGCCUCAGGCGGGCAUCCGCAAAAUCCGUAUGGGCACGUUUGAGGACACUGGCAAGUGCAAAGGCUUUGCCUUUAUUGACUUUGAUUCAGCGGCACAGGCGACCAAGGCACUGAUUGAACCUCGCAAUGCACGCCUGCUGGGCCGGACACUGCAACUUGAGUUUGCCGGUGUAGAUGCAGUGCGUCGCGGCGCAUCCAAGGACCUUUUGCCUGACUAUGUGCCUGGACGUCGCCGUCGCCGUGCAGCGCAGGGUACACAGGCGCCGUCUGAGGUGCCCUCGACCUCUAUGCAAGAUACCCAGGACGAACCAGACCAAGCGGCGAUGGACGCGCCCAGUGCACCACGGCGGAAGGCGUCGGCGCCUCGACGUCUUCGCCCGGGUGCGGCAAAUGCAUCUGCGCCGCGGCAAAGCUAUGGGAUUGUGCCCUCAGAAGGCAAGCGAACCACGUUUGAGUAG